ACCUCCUUUCAGGCCCUCGGAAUUGUUAAGUCGCUACAUGGAUUCAUUGCUGCGCAAGUCUGUGAAGAACUUGUCCGAACAAGAGACGGAAGCCAAAUUGUCUUCUUCAAUCACCAUUUUCCGUUAUAUCGAGGAUAAAGAUCUAUUUCAGAAGGAAGGUUAUAGCACAUUAAAGACAAAUUAG